CUUCAAUUUUAUAUUUAUUGAUCUUGGCUUAACUUUAAGCUAAAAUGGCUGGAUAUUGGAGAUUAUGUAGCAGUAUUUAUAUUUCUGUCUGUCUAGGUGUUUUGGCUGCAGCGAAUGAACAAAAUCCAAUGACUAGCUCACCUAUGUCGUCGAUUAUAAAUUUCCACAAUAAAUCUUCAAAUGUCAGGUAAUGCUUAUUAUUGUUAAAUAAGUCUGAUAUAAGAUUAGGUUUUAAUCUGGAGUAUUUUGAUUUCACAAUGAGGGAUGUAUAAUUCAUAAUAUUUCGCUUUAUAUAAUUUUUGUAUUUUUAUUUGAAAGCGUUUAUAUAUUAUUGCAAAAAAUACAAGACGCACUUAUAAAACACUUAACGACGUGGCAAGAUCGUGUUAAUACUGUGACUAAAAUAAUUGCUUAUUUCCUGUAGUUUAUCAGUGUGUCUCAGACAGGAACGGUUUACAAGAAAAUAUUGUAUUUGAGAAAUUGAUAUGCCUGACUACACACAAGUUAAAUCUGGUCAAAAAGGUCAAACUGUAAAUCUGGUCUGUGCAUGAUAUGUCCUUUGCAGGCCCUUUCAAGUAGGUCAAACAUUGAGUGAAUGCAUAUCAUGGAGAACAGCAGUAUUUUCAAAACAAUGAAAAGACAAUGCAGGCCCUGUAUGGAAUGACAUUUUUUGUGCACCGCCUGCACAUUUGCCAAAAUGUGCACCAAAAUACUAGUAAAUAUAUUAGCAGGAGCAACAUUGUGCACGGCACAUGUGCCGUGCACACCACCUACAUUCCAUACUGGAUGCAGGCUGCCUUAGCCAGAGGUUUCGUAUGUAUAUAUAUUGGUAUAUAUAGAGGAUAUUACAUGGCGGCACAAAGAUAUGACUUUUAUCUUCGAGUGGUGAAAACAAUAUUUUACGAACGAGCACAGCGAGUGAUAGUCCCAAGCAAUAAAUGUGAAAUUUCACGCUCUAAAGCAAAUUGUCACGUGAUCGAUAUCUUCACUAGUGAAGAUAUGGAUAUCUUCACUAGUGAAGAUAUGGAAAAUAUCUCACUGUGUAGUUUUCAGUAUCUCACUCUCUAAUAUAUAAUAAACCAUUUUACAUUUGUUAUACAGAAUUUUAUUUUAAAAUAGUUGAAAUACAGGUAUCGUAGUGUGGAAUUUUGGGUAUACUGGUAUAUUGAGCCAGUGUUAUGGAGUAUGUUGGUAUUCUGGCUGAGCCUAACGAUGGAAUAUUCCAAUCACUGAAUGGUUAUUAGACCUGCCAAUUCACCCAAAUCUUUCAACUGGUGACACCUGAUUUUUUAACAAAUCUCCAGAUCACUGUUCUAUUGUCAAUAUAUUCUUUAUAUUAAAUCUUUGCAGUUGUUGAUUAGGUUGCAUUUGCCAAUUUCAACAUUGUUUUUCUCAUGGGAUUUCAGACAUCCUCAUAUAUAUUUUAUUUCAUAAUCACAGUAAUAAGGCAAAAAAAAAAAAUAUGUGGGUUUCCGGUUUCCCGACCCUACCUAGCUUUUGGACGUCGAAAUCCCGACCCUAAACUUUUUUAUUGGAUCAUCUUGUAAGUGUUUCCACUUAGAGGAAAAAGUUUGCAGAAAAUUGAAAUUUGAGGCAAUAUUAGGGAAAUUUAUCUUUGGAUGUGGAAGCACUGACUAAACAAAAUGGCGUCCGCUUGUUCGGAAAAUUAAAAAAAAAAGUUAAAAAAAAAAGUUAAAACCGACCUACCCUACCUAAGUUUUUAUAAGAAGAAACCGGAAACCCACAUAUUUUUUUUUUUGGCCUAACCAUCCUAUACAGUAUGUCACCAUGUUAACAAAGUUCAUUUAUUUCAGUAAUGGUACCACUCAGCCACCAGUAAUAACCACCCUACGCGCCACCACUGUAACAACGACAGAAGAAGCACCAGCAUCAGCAGAGGAGGAACAUGAGAAGUCAAUGGAAAUAUUUUUCAUUUUGCUAGUUGUUGGUAAAUAUCCUGGAUUUUUAUUUUGCUUUUCUGAGCGACUUUACUAGAUAUUAUUCCAGUUAUGUCUUCAGGUCAGUUGUGACGUCAUGUACGCACAGCGUACCUAUUUUUAAGUAGUACUAGAGGUAUUAUUGUAGGUAUGCAUGUUCAUCAUUGGUAACAUCAUGUACGCACAGCGUACCUAUUUUUAGAACUAUUAACUUAUUACUUAGGGCCCGUUGUUCAAAGAUUGGUUAGCACUAACCCUGGGUUAAAAUUUAACCCGCUGUUUUGGUUUGUUUUAUUUCUGCAUGUCUAUUUAUUUCUAAACUCCAGGGAAAUUCCUAUGAUCCAGCCAAGAUUGCUGAAGAAAUAUUUCCAAAUUUAUAGACAAGCUGUCAGGAAGUUUGCUUUAAAGUUUAGGUUAACGUAAGGUUAAGCUAAUCACCUUUUGAACCAACUGCCCCAGGUUUAUAUCCAACGUCACGUACGCAUAGCGUACCUAUUUUUAUUAUUAUUUGUACUUUUCUAGGCUUGUGUAUUUUUGUGAUCUACUUUCUUAUCAAACAUCGCUUUCAUUACCUUCCUGAGAGUGUUGCCGUUGUUUUCUUAGGUAUGGUUGCAUUUUUUUUUUCAACCAGUUUGUUGGUUCGUUCGUCAGCCAGUCCAUCGGUCAGCCACAUUAUUUGGUCCCUCAGCAAGCCUUGCCCUGACAAAACAAACGCACUUGACAAAUAGCGCACCUCCGUGACCCAAUACACGCUUGCGGAAAGUACGUCACUUUCGCUAUAAAGCAUCGUUUUCGUGGUUGAGAUGUUGGGCUUUAAGUGAUAUCACGAAAACGAGGCUCUAUAGCCAAAGAGACAUACUUCAGUUCCGGAAGGGUGUAUUACGACGCUUUUCUCGCGCACCUACUAAAUUAGAAUGAAUGACACAUUUGUUUUUGCAAUAGUAACAUUUAUUGCCCAGGUUUCAAAUAAGGUUUAGAAUAGUUUCUUCAUCAUGAAAAAAAGGCGUUUGUCAAAAUGCGUGGAUACAUGUUUCGAGGCGCGCGUAAGGGCGCGCUCGACAGAACGCCAUUCUGGGCAAGUCCUAUCCAGGGUUAGUCAGUGAGUCAAACUGCAGACAGACAGUCAUUCGGGCAGUCAGUAAGUCAAACAGACAGACAGACAGUCAUUUGGGCAGUCAGUAAGUUUGUCAAUGAAUGAGUCCCACAGUUGCUUCAUGACAAUUUUGCUUUAGGUGCAUUGGUGGGUCUGAUCACGAAAUUUUUGACUCAUUUUAAUGUUGGAAAUUGGAGGGUGAGUAAAUACAUAGUACAUGUGAAAAACAUCACUGAAUCAUUCAUUCGUUAUCAACGUGGUUCCAAUUUAUCAAAUGAUCUAUUUUCUAGCAAGAAGAAGAGUUGGAUCCUACAAUAUUCUUUCUCAUUCUUCUGCCACCAAUUAUUUUUGAAUCUGGUUACUCCCUUCAUAAGGUACGUACGCCAUUCUCUUGGAAAGUGAUUGUAGUUUCAAUGUUUGUAGUAUUUUUGUAGCUACAUUAAUUCACAAUUUUUCACUGUGUAUAGGGUAAUUUCUUUGCGAACAUUGGGACCAUUUUAUUGUUUGCCGUGUUUGGAACAGCUAUCUCAGCUACAGUUGUGGGUGGUGGCGUUUAUGUCCUUGGCCAGGUAUGAUAUUCACGUGUUCUGAUUGCCAACACGAUGAGCCAGACACACAGCCGUAGGUUAAGAAUCUUCUAACAUAAGUCGUCAGACUUUUUACCUCCCUGUCCGCACAAACUAAGCUAGGAGAGCGGAGAUACGACGUUUUGGUGCAAAGUUGGUUGACUAUACAACAUUUAUGACUUGUUAUGCUGUUGUUUUAGGCUGGGAUUGUCUUCAAACUAAGCGUAGUAGAAAGGUAAGCAUCGCAUGAGAUAGGUGGGUUGCUUCCCACCUAGUAUCUAUGCCGCUGGCUAGUAGAAUAUACAAUACAAAUAACCUGGGGUCGAUUGUGUAAGACUCUUACACUGUUGUAGUUAAAUUGUACAUAGUUAACUCUGAAUUGUGAUUGGUUAACUUACUUUCAUAUUAACGAUAUUGAACUUUAACUACUUUUGAGUUUUGAUACAGCCUGCCCGUGGACAUCAUCUGAAUGAAAUUGUUGUGACGUUGUCUUACAAACUUUUAUUUCAUUCUUGUCUAGUUUUGCUUUCGGUUCAAUGAUCUCCGCUGUCGAUCCUGUUGCAACCUUGGCAAUUUUCCAUGCACUAGACGUGGAUCCUACCCUAAACAUGUUGGUGUUUGGAGAGAGUGUUUUGAACGAUGCUGUCUCUAUUGUUAUGACCAAGUACGUAUUGGGGGCUUUCGCGCCAGAACUACCUUAAAAGAAUUAAAAUCAUGUUGCGAACGAAAUCACAACAAAAGCGAUGCUAACAAAGGAAAAAGGCCCUUCGCGUGAACAAAUUUGCCUAGUAUAGUGGAAAACAGACUAAAACCUUCUAAUGAGGACCCCCAUGAAAUGUCGAGUUGUUUUUCGUCUUUCGGCAAGUUCAGACAAAACCACUGGAGCUUAUGUAUUUUUGGUUCUAUCAUGUACAUUCGCCUUGGAGACCUCUAGAAUGAAAGUUUUAAUGUUUUUAUUUUGAUUUUUCCCGUUGUAUUUUUUAAUUCCAGUGCUGUAGUUGGCGAGGAAGGGAAAGAGUCCACGAGUUUCCUGUCCGCAGCUGGUCAUUUCUUCACUAUGUUUAUUGGAUCGGCCUGUAUAGGCAUUGCCUUUGCUCUUUUUAGCGCUCUUGUAUCCUUGCAAAAUUUAGCAAAAUUAUAAUUACUGGAAUUGUCAUUCUGUAUUAUUAGUUCUAAACUGUUUUCCUUAGGGGUAUGAUAAGAGUCAUCCUGACGGUCCAGUGUCACUACAGGAAGAAACCACACCUUUAUUCUACCUAGAGGAGACCCACAAUGUUUGGUAGAGUAACAUAAAGGCAUAUUGCAGGAUUCUGACCCAGGAUUCAGAAGUAACCACUGUGAUACCCACAGCAACAGAAGAAAUUAAAAGAAAUUUUAUGUUGUUUUCAUUUCCUUAACUUUACUACAGUUAUUAAAACAUGUAAACUUGAGACGUAUUCCCUCGUUAGAAUUAGCUUUCAUAUUAAUAUUUUCUUACGCACCAUAUGGAUUGGCAGAGGGGCUGAAAUUGUCAGGUAUGGAUAGCUGUAUUAGUUCUAAAUUGUUCUCUCUAGAGGUUCAGGAAGAGCAUUCCUUUAUUGAUCCUGUGUUACUGCAGGAGGAAACUGCAGUGCCCAGAGAAAAGUUGUUUACCACCUAGUAAUACUUCUCUACUAGUACUGUAGAACCAGUAAACAACUUGUUUGUCUUGCAGGCAUUAUGGCAAUCCUGUUUUGUGGUAUCGUUAUGUCUCAUUACACACAUUUUAAUCUUUCUUCUCAAACACAAGUCACUGUUCAACAAAUAUUCCGAACUAUAGCUUUUAUGACUGGUAAGGAAAUUUCGGUCGGCUUUCCUAUAUUUUCUUUGGCAGCAUAAGAAGAAUACUAAUGUUCUGUUUUGCUUCUAUUUUAGAGACUUGUAUCUUUGCAUAUCUUGGAAUGGCAAUUUUUAGUUUAAAACACAACUUCAAGCCUGCAUUUGUCGCCUGGAGCAUAGUACGUGAUUCUGCCUGCAAUGGUGGGCAGUAGAUAGUGGUCAACGUAAAAACUCUUGAGAUUUAGAGGAUCCAGAAAAUCAUCUCUGCGUGAAUAGCCGGUUCCCCUUAUUGCGUAUUCUGAAUACAACUACCAGCAUGCUUUUCGGACGUGUUAUUGCAUAAUGAAGAAAAUACCCGCAAAGUAUCAUGGUCGUUAUAUUCAGAAUACGUAGUAAAGAGGAACCGGCUAUUCUAUUUAUUUGCCACCAAACACAAGAUUGGCAUAUAAUGCAAAUAUUAAUAUUAUUUUCUCACUCUGAGUGACCAUCUGCUGCACGACAGCGCUCAGUGAAACCGACGUAUAUAAAGUAAAACGUAACGGUUGAAAUUAUUGUUUCUAGGUUCUGUGUUUGGUGGGUAGAGCUGUCAAUAUCUUUCCUCUCUCAUCUCUGGCGAAUCUAUUCCGUGCUGUGAAAAUCAGUCGUAAAAUGCAAUGUAUCAUGUGGUUCAGUGGUGAGAAAUCAUUGUGAAUUUUGGUAUGACCUUACCAUGCAUGCCAGACAGACCUUUAUAUAUACUAGAUUCUUCCUUGAUACAGUGCUACCAAAGUAGGAAAACAGAGUGCUGGAAAAAAACCUGCGCUGUUUGGUCAGUGAAAAAUGAAAGGGCUCUUUUCUCCCAUGCGACGGAGAUAAAAUUAUAAUCCGAUAACUGUGAAUAGACUAAAAUUUAGAUCUCAACAAGUCUAGACAAAAAUUUUAUCACAGCUUGAAAGAGCAUCACAGAAUUAGUAAUAUUCCAAAGUUUCAUUGCGAAAUGUUGUAAAAUGCGGAUAAUAUAGCCUUGCGAAGUUUGCAAUUUUCAGUCAUAUUGUGUUACGCGCGGGAAAUACAUACCCUUUUUCCGAAGGAGGUAUGUAUUUCCCGCGCGUAAUACGAUAUGACUGAAAAUUGCAAACUUCGCAAGGCUAUAUUAUGAUUAUUAUCCGCAUUUUACAACAUUUCGCAACGAAACUUUGGAAUAUUAGUAAUUCUGCGAUGCUCUUUCAAGUUGUGAUGGAAUUUUUGUCUAGACUUGUUGAGAUCUAAAUUUUAGUCAAAAGGUGAAAGGUCCAUUGCAGGAAUCGAAUCCUGGUCAAAAAUACAUGUAUUGCCCUUCAUUACCCCCACACCAACCAUGCUAUAUCCCAUUAUACCACGUGACAACAUCUUACUUCCAGGUCUCCGUGGUGCUGUGGCGUUUUCUUUGAGUACACAACUCCAGUUUGGAGGUGAACAGAGAUCAGUUCUCGUUACUUCUACAUUGGUUAUAGUUCUCUUCACAAUUCUGUUUCUUGGCGGGGCAACCUUGCCUCUUCUUAAGGUACACUAUGGAAAGUUUGUAUAUUAUUUCAGCUAGUUUUCCGCUAUAUUAGGCGAAUUUUUUCGAAUGAAGCAACUUUUUCCUUUGUCGAUAUCACUUUUGCUGUAGCGAUGUCGACAAAGGAAAACGUCGCUCCUCGCGAAUUUAGGGACCCCAUAAUUGGAGGUUAUCUCUGUGGCUAAUCCCUGCCCGAAUUGUAUGUAAAUUUUGUAAAGUAUUAGUCUUAUUAUGUCUGUUAUGUUUGGCGAAUCUUGUAAAAAAAAUUUCUCCAAGUGGAAAAUAGGCUUUGGAGUAAAUAAUUUUGGCCGUGUUGUGCUUACUCAGCUAGACGCGGGUUCCACCAUUGAAUGGGUUCCAUGCACUAAGCACUAUCGGGCAGCAGAUGGUGGUCAACCUGCAAUUAUGAAAGUGAGGAAAAUAAUGUUAUGAAAAUAAUGUUAUUGUAUGUAGUAAUCUUGUAUUUGAUGGCCAAUAAAUAGAAGUGUCAACAUUUCCGAUGUUGACCACCGCCCACCAAUACGUUUAAUUUUCUAGUGUCUUCAAGCGGAAAGAAACAGUAAUAAAUAUGAUAUCUCCCUGAGCAAGACCGAAGUAGAGGUAACAGUCUACAGCCUAUGUACUAUUUACAGCAUGCAGAUUAUUUAAAUAAAACAUUCGUGUACACAACUAAAUGUAUUAUACCGUUACCUUUAAGUUUUUCAAAUUCUUUUUCUUGCUCUAGGAUAAAGCGUUAGAUUCGGAACAAAUUACUGACGACGAGUGGAGAUUACCUAAGCGAGCAUUGACAGGAUUUGCUCGUCUUGAUGCGAAAUAUUUUAUGCCUUUCUUUACCAUCAAUGUUGCAAGAACGGUAAGUUCUGCUUUUAAUUCCAGUCUGUUCAUUUUAGCGGUCUAACUUUAUUUAUACUGGAUAGCUCUAUCAGUUCUAAACUGUUCUUCCUUGAAAUCCAGUAAGGAUUAUCUCUUGUUGAUCCAGUGUUACUACAGGAGGAAACCUAAACUAAACUAACUUUAUUUAUACUGGAUAGCUCUAACAGUUCUAAACUGUUCUGCCCAGAGGACCGAUAAGAGCCAUUUUUUAUUGGCUCAGUGUUACCACAGGCGAGAACAGGGCUAUCUGGAGAAACCCUGUUGUGUUUGGUGGAGUCAAACUGGAACCACUCAUCUCACACAGACACACAUCACUGAGAUGAAUUAUUGCAGGAAUCGAAUCUCAGUCCCAGAGGGUAAAAGAUCACGCUGUAAAGGGACCGGUCAUAAAGUAACUGCUAGGGUGGGCUGGAGUGAUUUGGGAUGGGCCAUGGAAAAUCUUUGGGCUAUUUCGAUGGGCUGCCAAUUUUUUGUACGUCCACGGUUGGGCCACCAAACAAAAACCCAUGUCUACUUCAAAAAAUAAAGAUAUUAAUAAUAAAAGUAAACAAAACUAUCCAAAUUAUCAAAUGCAAAUGAUGCUAUUGAAGCCAGUACUCCGUUUUAUACAACAACAAGAAGUGGUCGAAUCACAGCAAAUACGACCAACUGGAGAACAGUUCAGUAUCGUAAUUGGUGAUGAAUGUGUUGGUCAAGCUUGGUGGAAUUAUGUACAUGCAGUGUGUUCAUACCUGCAAGUUGUUUUUUUUAUUAUAAAAGUGUAUUUUCCCAAUUUAGAUUGGGGUGGGUGGGUCAUGAAAAAAUUUUUGUAAGAUUAGAUGGGCUUUGAAAUCACCAAACUUAUUGGCAAAAUUUGUGAUUUACCUCCAGCCCACCCUAGCAGUUACUUUAUGACCAGUCCCUUACCAACUCUCCUUCAUUUUUUCAGGAGGCGAACGCCAGAUCGUCAGAGCGACAAAAUUUGAACAGUAUGUACAGUGAAGUAAGCGAUGACAGUGAACGGGAAAUAGAUCAAAGUGCAGAAAGCCAUAGAUUGUAGUAUAAAAAUAUCUAAAAAUAUUUAUUUCCAACAAUUUUGAAGUUGAUCAAUGCAAAUUACGUAUUAUGUUUCCGAUUGUCUCAAUUGGGUAUCUCAAUUCUUGGGUUUCAAUCACGUGAUAUUUUAACAUAAUUUGACUCGGAAAGGGUUCAAUCAUUGAACUGAGAAAAGGGUUCAAUCAUAUGAACGCAUCUUAUGUAAAUGAGUUCUCCAACUGUUAUGAAAGCCAAUACAAAACAAUAGACCCAUUGCACUGACGUCACAAAUCCUUAGAGUGUCCUCCAGAUGCUCCCUAACAAUAUCUGUUCGGGUACAACAACCACAUACAGCGCAAAAAUUAACCAUUUAAUACAAAAUUAUUAUGAAGUUUUACAAAAUUUGCGUUGUUUAAAAAAGUUCAUUAUGCAUAGAUUGCUAAUUUGUCCUCCAGAUGCAUCGUCACCGGCG